AUGGCGCUGCGCCGCCUGCUGCUGCUGCUGCUGCUGUCCCCGGAGCCCCUGCACCGGCUGCCCCUGCCCGCCUCGGGGUCCCGGCCGCGGGGGAACCGCACCUCGGCCGGCCCCGGCCCCGGCCCCGGCCCCGGCCCCGGCCCCGCGCCCGUCGGGGGCCCCGGCCCCGGCCCCGCCGUCAGCUUCGAGACCUGCUGGGGCUACUACGACGUGAGCGGCCAGUACGACAAGGAGUUCGUCUGCAACAACAGCGACAGCGGCUACCUGUACUGCUGCGGCACCUGCUACUACCGCUUCUGCUGCAAGAAGCGGCACGAGAAGCUGGACCAGCGGCAGUGCCGCAACUACGUGAGCCCCGUGUGGGUGCAGACGCCCAGCACCCGCCUCGUGUCCCCGGGGCCCGACGACCGCUACGACCCGGACCAGGACCGCACCAACUUCACCGUCUACAUCACCUGCGGGGUCAUCGCCGUCGUCAUCGUGGCCGGGGUCUUCGCCAAGGUCUCCUACGACAAGGCCCGGCGGCCCCCGAGGGAGAUGAACAUCCACAGGGCCCUGGCCGACAUCCUCAGGCAGCAGGGACCGAUCCCGAUAGCACACUGUGAGCGAGAGACCAUCUCUGCCCUCGCCUCCUCGCCAAAAGAGAACACGCCCGUCAGAUCCACCGCCAAGACCCAGUUCACCCCGGUGCGCACCGCCAAGCCUGCCCCAGGGCUCUACAGCAAGGACAGCCACCGUGGCGGGGGCCCAGACCUCCACAGCUUCAUCUCGUCCGGCUUCGUCACCCUGGGGAGAGGACACACCAAGGGCGAUCUGCAGCAAAGUUAUAGCCACCUGAUCCUAAACAGCGGCACCCAGACCCCUACGAAUGAAAAGCCCCGCAUGAGCAUCCUCACGUCGGCCACGGAGCCCUAUGACCUCUCCUUCUCCAGGUCCUUCCAGAAUCUGGCUCACCUGCCCCCGUCUUAUGAGUCCACCGUGAAGACCAACCCGAGCAAAUACUCAUCCCUGAAGAGGCUAACCGACAAGGAGGCGGAUGAGUAUUACAUGAGGCGGAGACACCUGCCGGACCUGGCGGCCCGCGGCACGCUCCCGCUCAGCGUCAUCCAUAUGUCGCAGAAGCAGCCGACCCCGCGGGAGCGGCCCCGUCGGCCCGUGCGGGCCAUGUCCCAGGACCGGGUCCUCUCCCCGGAGCGGGGUCGGGCCGAUCUGUUCGCCCCGUCCCCGGAGAGGAUCCUUUCGGAUGAGCGGCUGCUGUCGGCCGAGCUCCUGCGCUCCCAAGACCCGCUGCUGUCGCCAGAGCAGGCCGCCUUCGCCGAGCCCGGCCCCGCGCCCGGGUUCCCGUCGGGCCUCCAGCGGGCCCUGUCGCACACCGACGUCUUCGUGUCCACCCCGGUCCUGGACCGCUACCGCAUGACCAAGAUGCACUCCCACCCCAGCGCCUCCAGCGACUCGUACCACACGCUGGGCCAGAGCCGGAGCGCCGCCAAGCGCCAGGCCUUCGCCUCGCGGAGGCACAACACUGUGGAGCAGCUGCACUACAUCCCCGGCCCCCAGCACUACCACACUGCCAGCAAGACCGAGGUCACUGUGUGACGCGGGCCGGUCGGGGCCGGGGUCCUUCCCUGCCCUGGGAAGGCCGCAACGCCCCAGACCCGCGCCCCCUUCCUUGGCACCACUUCCAUUUCCCGUCCUCCGGCUUUGGCGGGCUUGCGAGGGGUCGGGGGGACGGGGACGGGGACGGGAGAUGUGUUGGGGGACAGCCCCUCCCACCUUUCCCCGCUCCGGUUCCCGUGCCUCCGCUCUCUGCCCCCAGCCCGGCGGUCAGCGCCAGCCUGACGGAGAGCCACACCCCUCCCUCCCCGCCACCUUCUGGGAUGUCCUAGAGAGCUAGAGGAAAGGACUGGGUCCGCCCCAGUCCCUCCCCGAGCCGGGUGGCCGGGGGUGCCGGUAGAGUCACCGGCCGGGCCCCCAGAGUCCGCGAGAGCCGUCCGGCUCCCGUCGGUCAGCACGGCCCCGGGGUUGCCGAGUCCAGCCCAGUCUGUCACGCCCUCCACCUGCAUCUCAGAAUUCUUCUAGUGCCUCAACCGCCUGCGUGCCGACUCCCCGAGCUGGGCCGCCGCCGCUGCCGCCCCAAAGCACAAUCCCCUCCCUGCUCAUCCUCCGGCCGCUCCCGGGCUGCAUCCACCACCAACUCGCUCCCCCCCGGACUCCAGCCCCACCGCUGCUCUCACACCAGCACCCUCUCCCAGCCGGGACACCCGCCCGACUCUAGGGUCCUGGUACGCAGCUGCGCCCCUCUGCCCCGCGCCCUACCCGGACCGACAUUUCCAUGGGCGUCAGCCAGUCCGGAGAAGAGCCGCGGGACCCGGGGGACCUGGGCGGGUGGGGCCAGAGUCACGGCCCUCUUCGGCACAGGAUCCGGGACUCUGCCCCGGAACAGGUGUCGCCGGCUGUCCGACAAAGUCACCGCAUCCGUUCGCCAUCCCGCUCCCUUGGGAUCGGACUCUGACCCAGAGGGGCAGUGAUGCUAUCGCUGUAUGUUCCUGCCCCGCUGUCCUGUCACCUCCCUGACCUGCCGUGGCUCCUUCCCCUGCCCCUCCCCAGCAGUCCUGUCUCCUCAACACAAGCUGUUCACAGGUCCCUGUUGACAGCCUGUACCCAAAGGGAAGGAAAACAAAUUAGAACAAGCCAACAGGAAUUCCUAUCUUCACCCACUGACCCAACCCCAGGUCCCCAAGUUUCCUAUUUCUCCCUUUCUCCUCCCCAUCUCGGUCCGGGCCACUUCCCGCACCUGGCAGAGAUUCAGCUAGAGUGAGAAGUUCCUGAGGGGCUGUGGUCCUGCAGUGACCAUUGGGUGAGGUCACUUGAGGUCACUUCAGCGCUUAGAACAGUGCUUUGCACAUAGUAAGCGCUUAACAAAUGCCAUCAUUAUUACUUGCUCAGCCCCCAUUUCCACCUCUUCCCUUCUCAGCAGUCACUUCUCCCAGGGGGGUGCAAGUUGAGAGGAGUGGAGUGCCCCGGGGGCAGGGGAAGGAUUGCUGCUGACCUCUGGCCUGGGCUCCCAGACCCCCUGUGGCCUCACCAACUGGAGGCCACUCCAAACUGGAUGACCUCCCCUGGAGCAGCCGUCUGGGGAGGGUGGACAGGGAGGCUGUUGGAUGGAUGCCAGCCUUGGAUGGCUGUGAGGCCAGAGGACAGCCAGGUGCUCCUGACAACUCCCAGUAGCCUUUUCAGCCUGAUACGAGGGCCAACCCCUCAGCCCAGCCACCGAGAGCAGAUUGGGCUGUUUCCUGGAAAAUCUGCUCGGCCCAGCCUAGGCCUCAGCAGGGGGUGCCUUAGCCCCAACUUCCAGAAGGGCAAGCCAAGGCCCAGAGAGGGUCCCCCCAUGCCAGGUGGUGAGGAUGAACAACACUGGAGCCUCCCGGGUCCCAGUCCAAGCUCUGCCCCCAACAGUUCUGCCCGCAGCCUGGUGGGCUCAGGCUUCACCUCCUCCUCUCUUCUCUGGUCUUGUCUGUCUUCCUGAAGCUAGGACAGGAAUGGAAGAGGAUGGAUGAUAGAAUGGGGCUGUUACCGGCUCAGAGGCACCUGUGGUGGAUGGGGCAGUGAUUGGGUCUGAGGUUCCCAGGUUACAGAGUUGUCUGCGGCCGCCAAGCCCUAAUGGGUCUAGCCUGCAGGGCACGCCGGCUUGGGGUGGCCCUUGCCUCUCCCCUCCUGGGCUAGGCUGAGCUGGGACCCUUGCCCUCCCUUUCUCUGCUGGUGAGUUUUGACCCGUCUUCCUUCGCCUUCUCCUCCUCGGGCAGGUUCCCCCAGCCGCUGCCCGCUUGUGUUUUCCUGGGGAAGCUGUGCCCGGGGGCAGGGACAUCACUCUUAUUACAUCCCUUCCCACCACCCCGGGCCCUCCAUUCGUUCCCACAAAAACCCACAACCCCAAGGACUGGUCUCCUCCCAUCGGCAGGAAAGGGCGCAUGGCCGGAGGAGAGGACACUGCUGCGCCAGAGGACACCGAGAAGCUUGGGGUAUCAUCGUGCGGUCGGAGGUGGGCGGGGGGCAGGCCCGACUGGGACCGCCAACGCUUUCCCCCACCACACCACCCAUUCACCCCUCACUGAGACAUAGACUCCUUCGGCCCAAGCGAGUGGCCUUGACCCCGCGGGGACUCCCCGGGCCUAGGGUCACGCCAGGCGAUCUCCAUCCUCAUGGGGACAACUUGCCUUCCCUGGACAGAGCGUCUGGGGUCCCAGCCCCCUUCUUGGCUCCCUCCCGAAAGGUCCAAUUUGGCCUUGGGGUGGGGGGCUUAGGGAACGCUGGGAGCAGCCGGCUGUUCGACUAACACCCUGGGAGAACUUCGCUUUUCAUUCAACCGUAUUUAUUGAGCGCUUACUAUGUGCAGGGCACUGUACUAAGCACUCGGGAGCGUACACUAUAACUAUAAAGAGACACAUUCCCAGUAGACAACGAACUUUCAGUGUAGAGAGGAGAUGUCUGGAAGACGGGUAUCCAUCUCAAACCGAGGGGGCGGUGCUACGAGCUCACCCCGGAGACCCCAUUCCUCUUCUCCCGGGGGGCGGGGCCAUUAACCCGACUCAUCAUAUAACUGAGCGUCAGUCCCCCCCGCUCCCCGUUUCCCCUGGGGGUCUCCCAGUCCCUAGGCUCGGAAGGCUCCCACCUUCACCCGUCCACUAAUGGGGUCCCGGCGGCCGGGCCCUGGGAGGUGGGGGGGUCGCCGUCCAAGUGGACUUGGGUCCUCGGUCGCGACUGUUUCUCGACCCCGUUGUUAGAUUUCCCUGUAAAAGCACAUUCGGGUGUACUGUAGGCAAGUAUCCGUUUAGUAAGAUUUAGAGUCUUAAGGAAUUUUCCACUUUUGUCAGUAACAAAUAUUUACGGAAGCAAAAAUAAAGCAAUUUCAAAAUAGG